ACUUGACUCUUCCUUAAUUCUCCUUGCUCCCUCUUCUUCACAUCACACCAUCAUCACCAUCGACACCACAUCAAUCCGUCCUCCACUCAUCCACCACAUCCUCGCCGCAGCACCGCCUUCAUCGGUCCACCACCUCUCCUCAGAUCAACCCAUACACCCUCCAAUAUGGCACCACAACGACAACACAGCAUGCAGAGAAUACUACUAUCAUGCCUCCUCCUCUUCACCACCAUCGCCCACGCCGGUGCACCAGGCAAAUGGCAACCAGCGCACUGCUCCUCCUGCGAAAGCGGCGGCACCCCAGCCAAACAACCCACCUGCCCCGCCAGCAGCCCCGUAAGCUGCUCCGCCAUCUCCUCCGACGACUACUGCUGCCCGACAAACAACUACUGCAUGUGGGCCAACAGUCAGGUGGUCUGCUGCCCGGAAGGCUGCGACUGCAACGAGCAGGAACCCUCUUCAUCCUGGGCGCCGGAGCCGACGACGUGGGCCGCGCCUCCGACGUCGACGGGUUGGGGCCCCGCGCCCCCUACUACCGUCUGGCAUUCUUCGUGGCAUGCUACGACUACCUGGUGGACAUCGACCACCACCCCUUCAUCCAUCACUACCACUACCACUCCGUGCCCCACGUGCUCUAGCACCACCACCAUCAUCAGCACCACUUCGUGUGACGAGUGCCAAUGGCGUCCGACCGACUUUGACGGAACGUAUUGCUCGACCAUCUUCGCGAACGGGCCCAAUUUGCCCACCACUGCCCGAGCGGCGUGUGGGGUGGUGUUGGUGAAGCAGCAAACCUCCGACACGGUGCGCAUCCUCAUCGGCUGGGCGAAGAUGAUCACGAUGAUCGUGGGGCUGCAGGUGCUAGGAGGGAUGUUCUUAGUGUGGAGAUGAGGCAUGCAAAGGCGGGUGCGUUUGCUUCAAGUUAUCAUCAUCACUGCGAGGUUAGCGAAGGCGUAUUGUGGCAUCAAAACAGGAUAACGGCCUGUAUAGACUACUGUUAAUAAGUAAAUAAUGAAACGAAACCCAACUCUACACGAGAGGAUAUAU